AUGUCGUCGUGGUGGAAAAUAGGAGAUAAAAAAGAACCAGUAGACUAUGCUAAAAUUCCACUCACCAGUAACCAAGGAGACGAUAGUGAAGAUGAAGAACUGUUCAAUGGAGAUGCUGGCCAGUCCUUGCAUAAGGUCAGAAUUGACGAUGGAUCAGCAUUGCAUAAUGGAUACAGAAAAAAAAAUGAAACUGAUUUUAAACAAGACCAUAAACUGUCUCUUCAGAAAAAACUGUGUUUGGUUUUCGCUCUCCUCCUUGGAAUUACUAUUGUGAUUUUCUUCUACUUCUCUAUUCCCUGUUCGAAAUCUCAAGACAAUUGGGCAGUGACGUUUGAGAAGACUGGAACUGAAAGCUGUGUCAGACUUUAUGAUGUUAAUAAUGAUGGAGUAGUUGAUAUGAUAUUUGGUGUCACUAUUGAAACUGGUCCUCAGACAGAAGAAGAAAUGGAAGCAUUUUGUAAAGAACGUGGUGAUUUGACACCUCCAUGCGGUGGUAAAAUGAUAGCUUUAGAUGGCAAGAAUGGAGCUGAAUUGUGGAGAUUAACCACAGACCAUGAGAUAUUUGAAAUCAGUUGUGGUAAUAUUGAUAUCAACCAAGAUGGUAUUAUGGAUUGUAUUGGGGGUGGCAGAGGAGGUUCAUUUUUUGCUGUCAAUCCUAAAACAGGUGAAAUUUUAUGGAAAGCAGAUAAGAAUGUGACAAAUAAUCACUGGAACUAUUAUCAACCACAGAUUAUACCAGACUUGGAUUCUGACGGUGUACCUGAUAUUGUAGUAACACAUGGUGGUGAUUUCACAUACAGUGAUGAGGAUACAGAACGUCUGACCAAUUUCAUAGUACUAGUAUCUGGGGCAAGUGGUAAAGGUUUUGGAUUUAUGGAGGUACCUGAUCACCAUGAGACGUAUAGUCCCCCUGUACUGUACACCCAAACUGAUGGCUCUAUUUAUGUAUUAUUUGGUUCUGGAGGAGAGACCAUACAAGCUUUCUGUUUGUUUGGUUAUCCGAACAUCAUUUUCUAA